UUAGCAAGAUUGACGUAGUAAAAUACGACGAGGAAAAUAUUGAAAUAUAUGGUCUAAAAGAUCAAAUAGUUUCAAGAUGGCCGUCUCUUGCGCGUGCGUAUAACUGGAACAGAUCGAGUACUGCAUUAGUUUCUUGAUGCAGUUUUCCUUCUGGACAACAGGGGGCAAUGUAUUACAGAGCAAAUCGAUGACGUAGUGCCGUCUUUGUAUGUCUGGUGGGUGUUGACCCGCCCCUCCGGAGGUGCAGCGGGACCGUCAGGAUCCAGCUGUCGGGGUUCGGUGUGCUGCCUGUAAGCAAAUCUCAACCGCAACAUCACCAUGACCGACAAGGACACAUCUCCCGAGAGCCGGAUAUGUACCGGACCGUCACCGCUCGACCUCGUCAUGUGAACGGACGCGAAGCUCGGCCUCCGUCCCGGCAGUCGAUGUUUGACACCAGCUCGACCUGUCAUUGUUUGCUUGCUUGUGACUGUAAGAUACAUUGUCACGGUGGUCACAUGUUCAGUCGUGCAGCGAGCUAGACGCGCGAGCUGUCGGCUACGUCGUGGGAAGCUGCUGCUUUGCCUCCCUAAAAACGCUAACUAGCUUACGAGAACAUGGCAUCGCCCGUGGAGCACGACCUGGCUCUGUCUGAAGCGGAAGGCAGUAAGGAGAAAGCACAAGUCUUUGGAAUCCUGAGGCUGCAGGACGAGAGAGCUGCAGCCGCCGCCGCCGCCGCCGCCGCUGCUGAUAAACACGCCACUGGCCCGGUGAGAGGCGGAGGAGGAGAUGGGCGAUGGCAAGCUCCUAUCUUCGCUUUAGCCAGGAAAGCGUCCGAGACCAUCUCCGGGAGCAUUCACGUCCUGCCCAAAGUGUCGGAGCACAGGGCGUCGCUGCCCGGGGAGUGGAGUGUCCAAGCCAUGCGCGACCCUAUGGCCAUGGAGCGAGCCAACCUGCUGAACAUGGCCAAGCUCAGUAUCAAAGGUCUGAUCGAGUCAGCGCUGAGCUUCGGGAGAACGCUGGACUCAGACUACCCGCCUCUCCAGCAGUUCUUCGUUGUCAUGGAGCACUGCCUCAAACACGGCCUCAGAGUGAAGAAGUCCUUCUUGGGUUUUAAUAAAUCUCUCUGGGGUCCUCUGGAGCUGGUGGAAAAACUGUGUCCUGAGGCAGCAGAGAUCUCCGCCUCUGUACGAGAUUUACCUGGUCUCAAGACACCGCUGGGCAGGGCGAGGGCCUGGUUACGUCUGGCUCUCAUGCAGAAGCGGCUGGCCGAUUAUCUGCGACUCCUCAUUACCAGAAAAGAUCUGCUCAGUGACUUCUAUGAGAAUUCCGCACUGAUGCUGGAGGAGGAGGGGGCCGUGAUCGUGGGCCUGCUGGUGGGCCUGAACGUCAUUGAUGCUAAUCUGUGCGUCAAAGGAGAAGACCUAGACUCUCAGGUGGGCGUGAUUGACUUUUCCAUGUACUUGAAGAACGAUAUUGACGACUACAGGAGUGAGGAGAGGAAUAGCCAGAUCGCCUCCAUUCUGGAUCAGAAGAACUAUGUGGAGGAACUGAACCGGCAACUCAACACCACUGUGCAUGGUCUUCAGAGCCGAGUGGACAAUCUGGAGAAGUCCAACUCUAAACUUGUAGAAGAGUUAGCCAUCGCCAAGAACAACAUCAUUAAACUGCAGGAGGAGAACCAGCAGCUGAGGACAGAAAACAGCAUGAUUCUACUGAAGGCACAGCAACAUUUAGAGGUGACACAGGGUGAUGUGUCCAUGGAAAGAGACACCUACAAACAGUCCAGUCAGGGUUUGGACGAGAUGUACAACGAGGCUCAGAGACAGCUGAAGGAGGAAUGUCAGCUCAGACAGGAUGUGGAGAAUGAGCUGGUGGUUCAGGUGUCCAUGAAACAGGAAAUGGAACUGGCAAUGAAACUGCUCGAGAAAGAUAUUCAUGAAAAACAGGACACACUGAUAGGGUUGCGAACACAACUGGACGAGGUCAAAGCCAUCAACGUGGAGAUGUACCAGAAAAUGCAGUCGUCAGACGAUGAAAUGAAGGUGAAGAACAACAUGAUCAGUCGUCUGGAAGAAAAGACCAAUCAGAUCACUGCUACGAUGAAGCAGCUGGAGCAAAGCGACAUGGAUCUGUUAAGCCAGACCCGAACACUCGCUAUGUCGUUUGUGAAGUGUGCCAGCACAGACACGGAGCACCAGUACAAGCUAGUGAAAGACAUCUCCUUCUGAGGGCACGCGCUCGUGAAAACCACAACUUCACCUGAGAGAACAUUCCAGUUGUCUGUUGCACACAGUGUUUGUAAAUCAGAGCGGGUACUCGAUGAAGAGCUUCAUUUGGCUGGGAAUAUGCGGAACAUGUUGAGGAGGGUCUGACAGUUGUGUCCCGUGUGUCAGAGAGUGAGAACCACAGGCGGCUAUUUGAAGCAUCAAAGGUGAAUGCGGGAAGCAUUGUGAAUAUUGCAAUUGGUUACAUAAGGACACUGUAGAUGUCCAUCAAAUCAUACGGUGCAGUCCAGUUUAGAAUGUUGAACCCCAAAUAUACAGUUAUGUUCAAAAUAAUAGCAGCCGCUCAACAGUGAAAUCACUGUUGUCUUACAAUUUUCAACCUCAGCAGCGUAAGUUAGUUUCUGGAGGGUAUAAAGGGUAAAGUCAGAAGCCACAGUACACAGUAAAGAAGGUUAAGCAUGGUGGUGCAAGCAUCGUGACAUGGGGAUGUUGUUUGUACUAGAGUGUUGGUCCUAUUUACUGCGUGUCAGGGAUCAUGGACCAGUUUGAGUACAUCAGGAAACUUGAAGAAGUCAUGUUGCCAUAUGCUUUAGAGGAAACGCCUUUGAAGUGGAUUUUUCAACAAGACAAUGACCGCAAACACAGCAGCAAUUGAGCAACAUCGUGGUUCCAAAACAGCAUCCAACUAACGGAGUGGCCCCCGGACCUUAAUCCCAGAGAAAACUUGUGGUCUGACAUAAAAAAAUGUUUCAUGAGUCAAACCCAAGACACGCAGUGCAAUUGAUCAGAGCUGCAAUACCUGUUGACCAUGCACCACAGAUGCCAAACAGUUAUGAGAAACCAUGGUCAUGCAACAAAAUAUUAGUUUAGGAUACACAGCAGUUGAACUUUCAAGAUUUUCUUAGUUUGCACAGUACAUUUUUGAGUUUCCAAAUACAGAUGCCAACACUCCUAUUCUUUGGAUUCUUUCACAUUUCUUGACUUUCUGAUAAAUAUUCUCAAAUUUCGUUACUUUUUCCAAUUUUCUUGCGUUCAUUAAAGUACUAUUUUUUUUUAACACAUUUUGACAUUUAUUCACCUUUUUAAAGACUGCUAUUAUUUUGAGCACAACUGUAAGUACCUCUGGCAGAUUGGUGAGAGUUUAGUAUUUGUGUCUCGUGAUCGACCGGCAAACUGCCCAUAACUGAAUAAGUGGAAACUAAUGGAUGAAUUGAAAUUUUCAGUUGCUAAAUUGACUAGCUAGUCGAGAGCCUAAGUUAGAGUUAAUAAGAGAUCAGAUCAGCUCAGAUGCACAAAAUGGCCUCACUGUCUGAACACACCUGGACACAACUGAAGAGAGUCUAAUUCCAGUCCUAUCCUCAACAAGGAAAAUUGGCUCCUUGUGUUCUUACGAUCUCUCGCACAUGCGCUUCCAUGUUCCUCCGAAAGCUUGGGCUGUUUGCGACUUUGAAGUUGGAUUGUUAUCAAGGAUUGUCUUCGUGUUCACCCAGUCAGAAAGGCACUCGAUCUUUUACAAGAGCUCAUGACACAUGCAUUUCCAACUCUAGUUCAUUUGAUGCCAUUUUCUAUCAGUUGUUUCAUUGUUGCUUGCUAACUUGUCCAUGAGAAAUAUAGUUGUGUGACUCAUGCAGAGAAACUGAACUGCCAGCAUGUUGUCAUCAGAGUUGCUCUUUUUGAACACCAAACUGUUUCAGAGGUUUUGAUGAACCGCUAAGACUUUUAUAAUCUGUGCUCUGUUCUCUCUGCAGUCUUGGUCAAUAGUUCAGGAUAAGACCUUCACAAUGUUUUGUAUCAGUCAGAGAGUUUCAUUCAUGGCGCAACUUGAUAAGAUAUUUAGAAGUCGUGAGUCCACAUACAAAAAAAUUAAAAUCAGAAACGGGCUGUUUAUGGUGCAGUUCUGGAGCCUCCCACACCAAACCGAGUCCUUCUUGUUUCCCAGGAAACCCCUUCUCUCUGGUCUUCUCCACUCCAGCUUUUUAAAGUCAUUUUUGUUCUGAGUGAGAGUCACGACCCACCAUCUCCUGGUGUGUCACAUCUCCUAGUCACAUGUUUGCAUGAGGUUUUUUUUUUGCAGAAGACCACUGGUCCACAGUCGUCCUUGACUCUUGACCAAGACUGCAUCUGUAAGAUGAAGGUUGUAGACUGUCCCUAGAGAGAGUGUCAUUGUGUCCUGUUCUAAAGUGAGAGAAACUCCUACGCCUCAGCUGUGUGCACAGUACUGAAACUACUUUUGGGUUUGUAGGCAAGCAAACACUCACGACUGCUGUCUUUUACCACCGUGUUUAAUAAAGUGAGGUGUUUUGAA